GAACAAAGUAAGAGCCUGCCCCGCCACGCCCCCGAGCGAGCCGUGGGCCCGUUUGGGAGCCCUCCGCGCUCGCCCGGGGCCGGGUUGUGUUUUGGUGGAUGGUUGCCCGGCCUUGGUGGCCAGCCAGGCAGGGCGCCGGCGGGCGGGCGGUCGGGUCGGUCGUCGGCACUUGUGUGGCCCCCGCGCGCCUGUGGCGGCCUCGUUUCUCGGGCUGCCUGUUUCUGUUUUGCGCCCCUUCGUUCCCCGUGCCGCCCGGCAGGGGUAUCGUUCGAUCUGCAAAAAAUGCAACGCGCCGGCCGUUGGCGCCCGGUUGCGGUCAGGCGGGGUGGAGGGGCCUCGCUUAUUCUUGAUUGCCCACGCAAAACGGCGCGCGUGCGCAGGCAAAGAAACAAAGCGCACGCAGCGCCCGGUCUGUCUUCACCCUGCGAGCGCUCGCUGGCGUGUCGGGCCCGUGGGUCGGUGCCUGUUCGCUGUUGUCCAGCCAGGGAGGGCCCGCGCCUCUUGGUUGCUGUCCUCCUACCUACUCAGCCUUCCCGCCUGAGCAAGGUAAGGAGCGGGGCCGCGGCUUGGAGUCUACUAUCCGGGACAUCUCGCCCUCGCCGAUUUGUCCAUGUGUCACUUAGGUUAGUGUGCCCUCCGUGCCAAAUUUCAAAAACAAACUAA